GAGUGUAUCUCUGUCCACAUUGGCCAGGCUGGUGUCCAGAUGGGCAAUUCCUGUUGGGAACUGUAUUGCCUGGAGCAUGGGAUCAAGCCAGAUGGCAUCAUCUCCCCUGAUGCAUCCUUAGGGCAAGUAGACUCUUCCUUUGGGACCUUCUUCAGUGAGACAGGAUCAGGGAAGUAUGUGCCCAGAGCAAUAUUUGUUGACCUGGAGCCCACUGUCAUUGAUGAGAUCAGGACCGGGACCUACCGUACACUUUUCCACCCGGAGCAGCUCAUUAGUGGCAAAGAAGAUGCUGCCAACAACUAUGCUCGGGGCCACUACACCAUUGGGAAGGAGAUCAUUGACUCGGUUGUUGACAGGGCUCGUAAAAUGACUGAGCAGUGCAGUGGCCUCCAAGGGUUCCUGGUCUUCCACAGCUUUGGGGGAGGUACAGGCUCUGGGUUUACCUCCCUCCUCAUGGAGCGGCUCUCCGUGGAGUACAGCAAGAAGUCCAAGCUGGAGUUCUCUGUGUACCCAGCCCCACAGGUCUCCACAGCAGUGGUGGAGCCCUACAACUCCAUCCUCACCACCCAUACCACCCUGGAGCACUCGGACUGCUCCUUCAUGGUGGACAAUGAAGCCAUCUAUGACAUCUGCAACCGCAACCUGGACAUUGAGCGUCCCACCUACACCAACCUCAACAGGCUGAUUGGGCAGAUUGUUUCCUCCAUCACUGCCUCCUUGAGAUUUGAUGGUGCUUUGAAUGUUGACCUAACUGAGUUUCAGACCAACCUGGUGCCCUACCCA